GGGAAAGCUAAAUUUUAGCACCUUUCAAUAUAAUAAAGUAAACAUAACUUUAAGAACCUUAAAAAGGUGGUAUGGUUCUAGUAAAGUUGACCAUGGGCCUAUAAAUAAGAAUGCCACCAGAGUAGAAUACUCACCAGUUGCAAAAACAGAUGAUCAUCUGUCACUGACAAAAGUAUACAAAUCUACACAAAAUAAUAUCAGCAGCGGUUACGAGAUGCAGAGGCAAAAGUCGAUUGUACAGCCCCCUGUAUAUGGGGAUUUGAUCACGGUUCUUAGCAUCGAUGGUGGUGGAAUUAGAGGUCUUAUCCCGGCUAUAAUUCUCGAAUAUCUUGAGACUGAGCUUCAGAAAUUAGAUGGUGAGAAUGCAAGAAUAGCAGACUAUUUUGACAUAAUUUCCGGGACAAGUACUGGUGGCCUCAUUACUGCGAUGCUAGCAUCUCCAAAUGAGAACAACCGCCCUUUGUUCGCUGCUAGAGACAUCAAAGAGUACUACCUCCAACAAUGCCCCAAGAUCUUCCCUCAAGAUUGCAAUGUGGUCACGAAGCUAAUAAGGAACCUAAGUGGCCCAUUAUAUAAUGGGAAGCACCUCCAUGACUCCAUAAGGGAUAAGCUUGGAGAUAUCAGAUUAGGAGAUACGUUAACUAAUGUCGCUAUUCCUACCUUUGAUAUCAGGACACUCCAGCCAACAAUCUUUUCCACUUAUGAGAUGAACGAAAAACCUUAUUUGAAUGCCUUGUUGUCGGAUAUUUGCAUAGCAACAUCGGCUGCACCAACUUAUCUUCCACCACAUCAAUUUAAGACAGAACAUGAAGGAGAGGAGCAUGAAUUUAAUCUAGUUGAUGGUGGUGUAGCAGCAAAUAAUCCAACUUUGAUUGCAAUGGGUGAAAUCGCCAAGAACCUCAUUCGUAAAAAUCAAGACUUUCCCUUACCUAAAUCCCUAGAGUAUCGUAGAUAUCUGAUCAUAUCUAUAGGAACUGGUGAAUGUAAAGUCACAGGAAAAUAUAAUGCAAACGAGGCUUCAAAAUGGGGAUUUUUCGGAUGGUGGUUCAAUGGCAGUGGCUCUACACCCUUGCUUGAUAUAUUCACUCAAGCUAGCACUGAUAUGGUUGAUAUCCAUCUUUCCGUCAUUUUCAAAGCCCUUAAUGUUCAAGCAAAUUACCUACGCAUCCAGGAAGAUGGAUUAGAAAGGACAAUGUCUACACUUGAUAAAGCUACAAAGGAAAAUUUGGCGUAUUUGUCUAAAGCUGGUGAAGAAUUGCUUGAAAAACAAGUUUCAACUGUUAACUUGGAGACUGGCAGAUUCGUCCCAUACAAGGACGAAACGAACAAGCAGGCUCUCACCGAAUUUGCCAGAAAACUUUCUCAUGAGAAGCGUCUUCGUGAUGUUAGAUCGCCACGAGUAUCUAAACCAGCUGAUCUACACUUCCUGUCAGAAAUGAAGCCUAUGGCACUUGAGAAACUAAGCAUUGCAUAAAAAGAGAUUGUAUUCAUCAUGAAAUUAAACUAAAUGAAGUGGUGACAAAAGUAAUGAAAAGAUUGCUUUGAUCUAGACUUUCAUUAUAAAUAAAUAAGUUUUAUGUUUUGGUGUGUU